AUGUCGCAACCGAGGCGUUCUGAAGCAGUCACUGUAGGCAUUCUUGCUCUCCAGGGGGCGUUCGUAGAGCAUCAGGCGAUCCUUCAAAAGCUGUCUCUGCGAACACGAUUACAUGUCGUGCUUGUACGUACGCCGGAGGACUUGCAGCAAUGCGAUGCUCUCAUCAUACCCGGAGGAGAAUCGACUACCAUUGCGCUGCUCGCGCGCCUUGCUGGUUUGCUGGGGCCUCUAAGAGAGUUCGUGAGGGUGAAGCCGGUGUGGGGGACCUGCGCCGGUGCGAUAUUACUCGCGCAGUCCAUAGAGGGCGCGAAAAAGGGCGGUCAGGAGCUACUGGGCGGGAUCUCGGUGACGGUGCAGCGGAACGGCUGGGGAUCACAAGUAGAGUCGUUCGAGGCACCCCUUGAGGUCGAGGGCAUGCGCGAUCACGAGCGGCCGUUCCAUGGCGUCUUCAUCCGUGCCCCUGUCAUCCUUUCACUGCACCCCUCGCCGUCCGACCCGCCUAUCCAGAUCGUCUCACGCAUAUCAGCGUCUCUCCUCCCGCGCACGCAGACGCUCGUGCCGCUCGACGAGGACGACACAGACCCGCGCGACCCACGCACGAUCGUUGCUCUGCGUCAGGGGCGCCAUCUCCUCUCGACGUUCCACCCCGAGCUGACGAAGGAUGACCGCUUCCACGAGUACUUCGUCCGCGAGUGUGUGCUGCCUUCGGUCGCGUGA